AUGGACAAGAUCAAGAACGUCCUCAGCAGCAGCACCGCUGUCAAGGCCGAGAAGCCCAUCAAGCUCUACUCACACGCAGGUGGCCCCAACCCGUGGAAAGUCGCCAUCAUCCUCGAGGAGCUCAACGUGCCCUACCACAACGAGCUGCUCGACUUCAGCGUGGUGAAGCAGGAGCCCUUCAUCUCCGUGAACCCCAACGGCCGCGUGCCCGCCAUCGAGGACCCCAACACCGGCCUCACCGUGUGGGAGUCCGGCGCCAUCAUCGAGUACCUCCUCGACACGUACGACCCGACCCACAAGCUCAGCUACGCGAGCGGCAAGGAGAAGUACGACGGCAAGUGCUGGCUGCACUUCCAGACGUCCGGGCAGGGCCCGUACUUCGGCCAGCGCGUCUGGUUCUCGCUGUACCACUCGGAGAAGAACCUCACCAGCGUCCUCGACCGCUACGGCAACGAGAUCUCGCGCGUCAUCGGCGUCAUCGACUCCCACCUCAAGAAGACCGGCAAGGAGUACCUGGUGGGCGACCGGGUCACCUACGCCGACCUGGCCUUCGUCCCCUGGUUCUGGCUGAUCCUCUACCAGCCGCACGUGAUGGGCGAGGGCUUCCCGGCCGAGUGGCAGGCCAAGUUCCCGCACGCCUGGGCCUGGAACCAACGGUUGGAGGCGCGUCCGUCGGUGAUCGCGGCCCGCGACGCCCGUGCCAAGGCUAUGGGUAAAUAG